UAGAAGGACCGACGUUAAUUCAAAGUAAAACCGAAGCGGGAAACAUUUUUUAUUUUUUGCUUCUGAAUCGAUUUGGUUUUUCUUCAUUCACUCAAACUUGCUCUCGGCUCCUAUAGUUGGUAGGUCUAUGGCGAGAACCAAACAGGCGGCCGCUAUAAGCAAAAUUCGAAGACAAUCUGGUGCUCACGCGACUUCACCAGCUUCAGCUUCACCCUCAACGCUUCCGCGUUUUUUUUUAAAGCAAAAAAAGUCACCUGGUGCAAGCACAAGCAGAAGGCGAGCCAAUGCUCCACAGAGUCCUGCCACAACAAGGAAGCCUUAUCGUUACAGACCAGGAACAAAGGCGCUCCGUGAGAUUCGGAUGUUUCAAAACUCUACAAAACUGCUCAUUCCAGCGGCUAGCUUCAUCAGAGAAGUAAGAACUAUCACUUACCGUAUUGCCUCCCCAGAUGUCAAUCGUUGGACACCUGAAGCUUUAAUUGCAAUUCAGGAGGCAGCAGAAGAUUUUCUGGUUCAUUUGUUCGAAGAUGCCAUGCUCUGUGCAAUCCAUGCAAGGCGUGUUACUCUGAUGAAAAAGGAUUUUGAAUUGGCGCGCCGGAUUGGGGGUAAGGGGCAGCCUUGGUGAGAGAAUACACUAUUAACUAGCACCAUCAUCUCUCACUUUUACCCCAGGGAAAUUUGAAUUUGUAGCCAUUCUUUGACAGCAGUAAGCAUAUAAUUGUAUUUGAAGAUUAAAAAUUAGGAUUUAGGAAACAAUAUUUAACCUCAUUAUACAAUAACUGUUGUAGCUCCGAGAAGUCUUCAUCUAGCUCGAAGAAGUUUGACUUAUCUGUUAGUUUAUCCACUAAUGGAGGUGAAUCCCCUUUUUGAUUUGAAGCUCCAAUCACAAGCUCUUAUAGCAUUCAGCCAUGUGGGGUGAUCUCGCUUGGCAAUCUCUGAUCUAUGCCUCAACAAAUCUUACAGGUGGGGUCAGAGUUGUUUCUGUAAAUUUAUAGUUUUCGAUAAACUAGUACGGUCUGUUAUCCUACUAUAAUCUAGCAAACUACUACUUUCUAGUUAUAGCUAAACAUAACUGUAAAUGAAACUGUAUUGAAGCAUUUGGCUUCUUUGGGUGAUUGGACCUAAGCUGUGUAGUCACGUUACAAAGUAGCCAAAUGAUUGCAUUCAUUUUAUUUUCCCCUUAGAAUAA